GGUUUUGCAGCACCUUGAACAUGAAUUUAAUGGCCUAAAGGAAGAUUAUAAACAAUUGGAGUUGUUACACAGUACUGGUGUAGAAAGGAAGGAGAAGAACAUUUACUUUCAUAGAAAGGCUAAUAUGAGAAAAAAUGAAGUGAAAUCAAGCAUAAAAAAGCUGGAAAAGUUGAUGAGCAGCAUAUCUACUUUAUUUUCUGCUCUUCAGGAAGCCAUUGAUGGAAUUCCUGAUUUUCAUGGGGUUACUUUCCUUCUUGGAGGAAGCCCUGCACGUCCCCAACAUGUUUACGAGAUUUUCUUUUCUCAUUUCGGAGUUAAUUCUGACAAUGUGAAUCACAUCACCAAAAGCAAAGUAGCAGAAGCUCUUUCAAGAAAGGUUGUUCGAGCAUUGAUGUCUAAUGAUGCGGGAAGUUCUAUCUCAGGUCCAACUAAGCUGUUUUUGAUGAUUAAAUGUCCCUGUACCUUCAAUUUACCAUUGCAUUUCUUGCCCAAACGUGAUUUCAGAUGCAAUAAAAAGGUACUGCCAUUCAAGUUGCAUAUUAAGUCUAAGAUGGGUGACCAAAUCAUGAAAGAUUUGCAUUACAAUUCCGGCAAUACUAAUUCUAGUUCGCUAGCAGAUAUGGUUGCAAAUGAUAUGAUCUGGUAUCAGUGCAGGCAUGCUGUCAAAGGGCUUGCUUUUAAGUCUCAUGAGACUGACUGUUGAGGGCUCCACAUUA